UCUUCAGAGGCUUUUCUCUCUGAUUGCAGAGUCCGCCUGCCCGUCUGCACUAUGUCAGCGACGACCCUUCCCGCCCCUCCCCUCACACCCCGUACCGCCCGGCCCGGCCCGUGAGGGAAUGGAGGCCGAGUCUGCUGCGGGGACGGAGUCGGAGUCCGCUCUGGGAGCCGGGAUGGCGCUGGGAGGGGCGGCGGGGGAAGCCUCCCUCGGCUACCUGCACGUCCUGUGGCAGCGAGAGGAACCUGCCGGCAAGAUCCCGGCCCGCCGCCUGCGCAGGGCCGCCCGCAUCCACCGUCGCCUGGGGCCUACGGGCAAGGAGAGCCACGCCCUGAAGAGGCUGCGUGAGGCUGCCAAUGGCAACGACCUGGACACAGUGCAGCAACUGCUGGAGGAUGGAACUGACCCCUGUGCUGCGGAUGACAAAGGCCGGACAGCCCUGCACUUUGCCUCCUGCAAUGGCAAUGAUCACAUUGUACAACUGCUUCUGGAUCACGGGGCUGACCCAAAUCAGAGAGAUGGGCUGGGAAACACCCCUUUACAUUUGGCUGCCUGCACGAACCAUGUUCCCGUCAUCACCACGUUGCUGCGCGGAGGGGCCAGAGUCGAUGCCUUGGAUCGAGCUGGCAGAACCCCGCUGCACCUCGCUAAGUCAAAGCUAAACAUCUUACAGGAAGGAAUCUCCCACAGCCUGGAGGCAGUUCGCCUUGAAGUGAAACAGAUUAUCCAGAUGUUGCGGGAAUACCUGGACCGUCUAGGGAGGCACGAGCAAAAGGAACAGCUGGAUGAUCUCUGCUCUAAGCUACAGAUGACCAGCACAAAGGAGCAGGUGGAUGAGGUUACAGACCUUCUGGCCAGUUUCACAUCACUCAGCCUGCAGAUGCAGAUGGAGAAGAGGUAACAGGCUUCCAAGUCAUCUCUGUGAUCCUGAAGGAGAAGCCUUAGAGAAGAAGGCCUACAUCUCUGAAUAGACUUUGCAAGCCCUCAUGGUGCUGCCACGGUUGCCUCAUGAGGAGGCAGUAAGAUUUGGACAAGAGAGUAAUAAUAGACUGACACUGAAUAGGGUACCCGUUCCACAGCAGAGGUAUCCUGCCUUCUCCACAGCACUCCAGUUCAAUGUAGGUGGUGGCUAAUGCCAUGGAUAAUUGCCAGCAUCACAGAUCUAUCUGCUUGCAACAGGCAUCUUUUGCCACCACAGCAGUAUUGAACUGUUUGCUGCUUGGGGGGGUGGGAAGUGGGUGUUUUGGACAAUGGAAGGCAUUGUGCUAUAGGAAUAACAUGUCCUUAAUUUUGUGUGCUAGCAGCUGAGCAAACAUAUUGCCUUAAGAAGCAUGCACUGAGAUUUAAUCCUAAACUUCCCCAGAGCCUGCAGGGUAUCUGGCAGGUCAGGUGUGGGAUACAGUGCUUUUAAUCAGACUAACAGGUUCCACUGGGCCUGACACUGCUGAAAGUCAAUGCUUAAAUCUUAGAGUGAAACACUUGUGAAGAAUACCCAGGUAGGCAUCAGCCCAGAGCUACCUUGAUGCAAUGAUGAGGGUUAGGGUAUGACUUCAUCCUAGAGCAGUUUUAGGCAUACAUCUAAAUUUUAUUUGUAGGGGAAAAAAAAGCACCAAGCUCAUCCUAAAUGAUUUUUCUGUUUCCCACUACUGGCUGUUUCGGGCCAGAGGUCCAGUAGCAACAGAAGGUGCCCCCACAUCGUUGGGCUGGGGUGGAGGUGGAUAUGUGGCUGCCUUAGUAGAACCAAACCCCGAACUGACCUGAUGCCCAAUGUGUAUUUCCUGCUCCAUGGUCUGAAUUUCAGCCUGAGGAAUGAGUAACGACCUCUGCUGGGAGCCCGGAGUAAUGCAGCUAUGGAGGAUGCAGGGAGUCGCCCUUGCUGCUGUCUGUGAUUAGUAACAGACGUGGUAGUUUUGCUUUGAAGCAGUAAUCUGUGAAAUCUUGGAGAUGGAACAGGUUGCCCAAGGAGGCUGUGGAUGCCCCGUCCCUGGAGGCAUUCAAGGCCAGGCUGGAUGUGGCUCUGGGCAGCCUGGUCUGGUGGUUGGUGACCCUGCACACAGCAGGGGGGUUGAAACCGUGUGAUCAUUGUGGUCCUUUUCAACCCAGGCCAUGCUAUGAUUCUAUGAUAAUACACGUUGUUCUAGGUGUGCUGGAAGCUGUGCCAGCUGGGGCUGUCACUGUGAGUGCUGGUACUCUGUUAUGAUGUGCUGGAUGGAAAGGAUUCUGAGGGGGUGGGAGACAAUCUGACCUUUUUGUAUUUCAAACUUCAAUAAAAUCCUGUCAGCCUUUUUUGAA